GAAAUAUAACCUGAAAAGUCUUGAACUUGACACGUCGAGUUCCCCAAGUUGGAGGUCUCAGUUAAUAUGAAAAUAUAGAUUAAUUAAAUUUUGAUUUUCCUUGAUAGAUCUUAUCAAAUUACAAAAAUGUUAAAAAUCUCACCACCGUAUAAAACUAAUAAAUUUUUAACAUUUUUCUGAAAUAAUGAGAUUGAAAAGGACGAACAUUAUAUUGGCAUUAUGUUUAGUUAUAUGGGCAUCACUUUUGUAUUACUCUUUCUCAACUAUCCAAUUAAGUACAAAUGACAAAAACGAUGAAGUUGAGAGAAAUCUUAAUCAGUUGGAAGCAGGACUUUCUGAGCAGUUUCAUAUGAAUAAUGAAAUGAUACACACUGCUCAUAAACUAUUACUGCACAAGAAGAAAGGAAUGAAAGACAGUAACACCACUAAUUCUGAAGGAAAAAUACCUAUUUUAGUAUUUGCAUGUAACAGAAUAAGCAUCACAAAGUGUUUAGAUAAGCUUAUAUUGUAUAGACCGAACCCAGAAAAAUUUCCAAUUAUAGUUAGCCAAGAUUGCAACCAUCAAGACACUACAGAUAUCAUAAAGAAAUAUGAACAGAUUACUCUUAUUCAGCAACCAGAUCAGAGUGAUAUCCAAGUUCCCCCUAAAGAAAAGAAAUUUAAGGGUUACUUUAAGAUAGCACGUCAUUAUGGAUGGGCUUUGAACCAAAUGUUCUUCAAUUAUAAUUAUAGUACUAUAAUCAUUGUAGAAGAUGAUCUUGAAGUAGCACCAGAUUUUUAUGAGUAUUUCUUGGGAACAUAUCCGAUAUUGAAAAAGGACCCAACUUUAUGGUGUGUGUCUGCUUGGAAUGACAAUGGAAAAGAGAAUUUAGUAAACUUACAGAGGACAGAUCUUUUAUAUAGAACCGAUUUCUUUCCUGGGCUUGGCUGGAUGUUAACUAAAAACUUAUGGUUGGAACUUUAUUCUAAAUGGCCAAGAGCGUAUUGGGAUGACUGGAUAAGAGAUCCAGCUCAAAGGAAAGGUAGAGCUUGCAUAAGACCAGAAAUUUCAAGAACAAGAACUUUUGGAAAAAUAGGAAUCUCAAAUGGUCUCUUUUAUGAAAAACACUUGAAAUAUAUAAAACUAAAUGAGGACUUCGUGCCUUUUACUAAAAUGAAUCUCACCUAUUUGUUAAAAGAUAAUUAUGAUAAAGAUUUUAUAAAUGCCGUUUACCAAAGUGCAGUAGUUACUUAUGAGGACUUGAAAGAAGGUAGAUUACCACCAGAAGGUCCAGUAAGGGUUAUCUAUAGAACAAAGGAAGAAUUUAAACGUAGGUCAAAAAUGUUGGGAUUAAUGGACGAUUUCAAGAGUGGAGUACCGCGAACUGCAUACAAAGGUAUUGUAACUUUCCAUUAUAAAGGUAGGAUGGUACAUUUAGCACCUAAUUUGAAUUGGAAGGGUUACGAUCCUAGUUGGAGCUAACCAUGCCUUUAAUAAAUAUUGAAACAUUUGAAUUUUUUUACAGUUGACACCUGUGAAAAAAUUUUACUCAACUCUCAGUUUCACUCAGCAAUAUUCAAAACUAACAAAUUCCAUUGCAUUGCAAUAAUCCUGUUCCCAGUCACUAAGAAAUAGUGUAGGAGAAAUCUCAAGUAUUUUGGUGAAAAAAUAUUUUAAUUAAAAGGGGGGGGUAAUUAAAUCUAAGGACAUUAGAACAAAUCCUAAAAUAUUUUAAUUCAGUUUGGUAAAUAUUUCAUUCCUGGUUUCAUCAAUAUAACAUAUUGAUUAAAAAGGGAUUUAAAGUAAUUCUUGAAGAGUGUGAUGAGUUUCUGAGAUUUGUUUCUAUAUCAAUCAAUAUAUGUAUAUGCCAAAGCAAGUUAAAUAUUAAGGAAAAUCUAAUUCUAUAAUCAUUAUAUGAAAUUGAAUAAACAUCAAUUUUACUAUUUGUGGGAAAUUCUUAUUUAAAACUAUUUUAUUUGAAUAUUUAUAAACUGGAUUAUAAGUGUUGUGUUGUAAUUUCAGCAAAAAUUAUUUAGAUAAUCUAUUUAAUAUUAAAAAACUUGACUGAAAUUUUGUAAUGUCGAAUUUUGCUUUUUCGUAUUCCAGGUAUUGCUUCAUAUUUAUCCCUUUUCAUAACAUUAUUACUAAAAAUUUUUCCAGAUUCAUGUGCUUUUUUAUUUCCCAUUUCUGAAUCUUCUGGAUUCAUUAGUGAACCAAAUAUGGUUCAGUGUGCAAUACAUUCCAGGAAGUAAUAUUCUGUACUGCUCUCUCAUAUUUUCUUGUUAUUUGUGGAGGAAAUAUAGAUUAUAUAUUUAUAAGAUUUGUCCUCUUCUAUUUCAAAUCCUUGCAAGCUAUUCAAUAGUCCUUUUAAUUUGAAUAAAAAAUUUUCAGAUAAAUUUUUAUAUUUCCUUCAUAAAAUUUUUUAUUUUUAUUCCACUGUAUCUCUCGAAUAAGUUAGCAUUUGCGACAUAUUAUAUUGUGAUAAGCUGAAAUUAUUUUUAUUUUUAUUCAAUAUGUGAAAAGUUGAUUGUUGGAUUGCAUCUCGAUGGUGCUCAAUACAAAUAUAUUAUGGUAUGGUA